CGGACCGUCUCUCAUGCGUAAAGGGUCAAAUGUUUUGAGGAUGUUCUGGUAGUUUCAUAGAAAUGUCAAGUUUCUCCAGAUCUGCCCAGCAAUGGGCGACCUUCGCUCGUUCCUGGUUCCUGAUCGAUGCCAGACUCCAACCUCCUGGGAAGAUCGCGACCAUGUGUUCUGUUAGAUUACAGGGGAAGCACAAGCCUAUCUACCAUGCAAUGAGUGACUGUGGUGACCAUGUAGUAGUUAUAAACACCAAAAACGUAGCUUUCUCUGGAAACAAAUGGGAGCAGAAAGUCUACUCAUCACACACAGGGUAUCCAGGUGGAUUCAAACAGCUCACAGCUGCCCAGCUGCACCAAAAAGACCCAAAAGCUAUUGUGAAGUUAGCGGUUUACGGCAUGCUGCCAAGGAAUCUGCUACGCCGAACCAUGAUGCAGAGAUUACACAUCUUUCCUGAUGACGAGCUACCAGACGACAUCCUAGCCAACCUGACGGAGGAGCUGCCGCAGCCCAGACAAAUCCCCAGGACACUCAGCGAGUACACACAGGAGGAGAUGGAUGCAUUCCCCAGGCUGUGGACACCACCUGAAGACUACAAGAUGAAAUGAAAUCAAGGCUGCCCGACAUGACCAAAGCUUUUCAUCGUGGAUUUCUUUUCUCACAUAAACUCAACACUGAAAGCUCCAGCACCCUUGAUUAUGUUUCUAGUUCUGAGACUUAAAAACAGAGGUCUUUUUUGAGAUUCGCAUUGAGAUGUUAUCCUUUUAAAACACACAACUCUAAUUUUCUCUGUUCAGAUGAAACGUUACAAAAACUAAAUCCAGGAAACAGCACUGGCUUUAAAAAAAGAAAUCCAUAUCUGGCAUUAAGGCUGGACUGGACAGGAAAGCACAAGUCAUAACCUUGAUGCCAACAUCAUCCACGCAAACUCUGUGCUCCUCGAUACAUAUUAAACCUCACUGUCAUUCUCAUUACCACUGACGGGAGACCUGAAAUAGUCUGAAACAGCUCAAGACCCAAGUGGCUCAGUUCUGAUCAGAGAAAAUCAGAUUUUGUGAGUUUUCUUCUGUUUAUACAACCAUGAAAUGAUCAUAUCUGGCCCUUAAAAAAAUGACAUCUGGUAGUGCUGAUCCUGCCUUUGGUUUCACUGUGAACCUACCAACUAAUCAAUGUGAUGCUAUCUGGGCCAUCAGUGUGGUCAGGAAAUCCUGAGCUUCAUGUCUAGUUAGUGUGUUAUAGUUGUGAAGUAUAAAUUCAUUCUUUUUAUGUAAGUUUAAAAAUAGGCUAAUAAAACAAUUUAAUAAA